UAUGCUAUAUGCUAAAGCCAGUGUACAUACUAUAGUCUUUCACGUGGACCAUUCGUAGAUCCUUCUUCUAAGCACCAUCUUCCUUCUCGCCGAUAAUCCUCUCACCAUCCUCGGUCGCCGCAAUUGUCUCGCUAAUAUGCACCGUGAGCUUCCUCACCGAGUGCCCCUUCAGGAUCACCAAGACCAUCAGCACAUCCACCGCCAGUACAAAAAUCGCACCCAUGCCCCACAUCCAGCCGACGCUCACCGCCAUCUGCCACUGGGUGAUGAUCAAGACGCUCAUGAGCGCGACGCUGGCCUCGACGGGCGUGCGCAGGAAGCACUCCACAAUGUAGUUGUAGCACACGGGCAGGACAAGCAGUGCAGCGAACCAAAUCAGGAAGCUCGCGAGCGCGAGAACCAUGGUGUGGAGGUGUAGCUGUAAACCCGCGCCGUAGAUCGCGACGACGGGGGGCAUGAGGUAGAUGGCGAGGGUGGAGGCUUGCAUGAUGGGCAGGCCGCGGGGGGCGAUUGUCCUAGUGAGUGUCGCGAUGGCGCGAUGGCCCGAUGCCCCAAUUUCCCGACAGGUUCCCGGAUAGAUGCAGCUCACAUGCACUCGAUAUAUCUACAGCAAACACUGUACAUCCAUGUCGAUCUACCAUCCCAUCGUUAGCCUGAUGGCAGAUCGAUCCUCUAAGACCAGUUCCCUCCCAAUGGAAUAUUACAAGACUAUUCCCAUCCCUUUGCAUGGCCGCCCCGGCCGCCAUCACUUUUAUGUCGACUGUGCCACGCUGCCGGGCCAAAAUCGAACGAUCAAAUCGUCCUAUUUGCCCUGACUGCCCUGACUGCCCGCCACAAUGGCGCCCAGUGAGAGGGGAUGGAAGAUGAUCAUUAUCGUCACGGUGCUGGUCGGUCUUGCCACAAUCGCUACCGUCCUACGCGUUUUCGCUAGGCUCAAGCGCCAGGUCACGAUUGACAUGGACGACUACCUCUGCUUUACGGCGCUGUUUCUCCUAUAUGGGAUGUUCGUGCAGUUGAUUUUCUGGUGUGCCAUCGGCGGUAACGGAACUCAUUUUUCAGAGCUCUCUCCUGAAACUCUCAUUAGAUUCAGCAAGAUCUUCAUCGCGAACCAAUUCACCUACUUCGCUCUCUGCCCCGUCCUCAAAAUCUCCAUCAUCUGCUUCUACCGUCGCAUUUUCCCGAACGCGACCUUCCGCCGCAUCUCCGCCCUCAUAAACUGGCUCAUCGGCCUCUGGGCCGCCGCCAUCUUCCUCACCUGCGCGCUCCAGUGCCGGCCCCUCCGCGGCUACUGGGACAAGUCCGUCGACGCCGUGUGCAUCGACGGCACCACGUUCUUCAUCGUCAACCAGACCUUCAACGUCAUCAUGGACUUUGUCAUCCUCGGCAUGCCCCUGCCCAUCAUCUGGCGCCUCAAGCGCUCAUGGCAGGAUAAGCUCGCGCUCAGCUGCGUCUUUGCCCUCGGCGGCUUUGUCUGCUUCGCUAGCGUCUACCGCAUCGUCGUCCUCUUCUACAUCGACCCCGCCGACACCACAUAUACCGUCUACCAAGCCAGCCUCUGGACGCACAUCGAGCCUUCCGUCGGCUUGAUCUGCGCCUGCCUCCCGACAAUCCGCGGCCUCUUCACCUUCUCGUCGUGGCGCGCGGGGACGCUCAGAUCACAGGGCCCAAAAUGUGUCGGUUACAGCACGAGCUCGAAGUCGCUUGGCACCCGUCGGAAGUCGGGGAGUCAGCUGGGGAACUCGGUGUAUAUUAAGAUGAAUGAGAGGGUGGAGAGGGAGGAGAAGGGUAUGGGGAUGGAUGAGGAGGAGAUUAGGGAUGGGAGAAUCAUUGUCAGGACGGAUAUCAAAAUUGUAAGAGGGGAGGAAUAGAGGUGUGUUGUGUAUAAAAAGGGUGUUUAUCUUAAUAGGUAGCAGCGUUAUAUAGACUACAGAGUUAUUGCAACUAGGUGUUGGUACAAUACAAUCUCUAUAGAAGGAUACGCUUAGAACCGAAAAUAUAAAUUCUUAUAGACAGGA